CUCUCUCUAGACCUCUCUACCCUGCAUCUCUCUCUCGAGACCUCUCUCCCCUGCAUCUCUCUCUCUCUCUUUCUCAGCCAUGGUCUACACGUACACCCCCACCUAUUACUCCUCUGUACAGGGCACCAUUACUUCCUUAUGCAAGACCCUGCUUCCCUUCUCAUUCAAAACCAGUGCCCGUAAACGAUUGGGAAGUCUCAGCCACGAGCAAAAGCUUUCAAAGCAACAAUCAGAUAAUCUCAAAUGGCAACAAGAUAUGUUUCAUGGGAUCCUUCACAAGAUGGGUCUUCAAAAGGAAGGAAUUCUCCCUGAAAAUGAGGUCUCGGCCUUUCGAUCGCAACUUCUUGAGACCAUUGUCACCGCUCCUUCAGAGGAGGAUUCUUCAGUCAUUAUAAGAGAUAAAUUGCAGUUUCUUCAGGAAUUAUUUUAUGCUGAGUGUAUCACUGGUCAAGAAUAUCACAAAUCUAAAAGGCCCCUUGUUCUAAGGCUUGCUAAUCAAGGGGCAGAGAUCAACUGCAAAGAUGUUGUUUUUGAGUCAAAGCCAGGGUUGGGUUUUGAGAACGAGGAGGAGAAUUUGUGGUCAGUUGUUGAAUUCAAAGAUGAACAGCGUUUGAUUUGUAAUGGGAUGGACACUGAAAAGAAUAGGGCAAAAAGAAAGUCACCAAUGAAACAGAUGAAAGGGGCAAUGUCAAAAUUCAGUGGCUUCUCAAAGCCUCAUAAAUUGGGGAAAAAGAGAUUGUCAUUUGAACCUCUCCAACAACUCAACAUUGAAAACCAGUCCGAAAAUACAGAUUUGGUGGAGUCCUUUGGUGAAAAUCCAUUUUGGCAAGAUAACAAACAGGGGUCUAUUCUUAUGCCUGAAAGCUCCCCUCCAGUUUCAAUCAAGUCUUCUAAAAGAGGAGAAAAGGCAAAGCAGAAGGUAUUUUAUAAUCUGUUUCAGAAAGAAGAGAGAGAAGGAGGAACAGGGGAGCAGAGUUUUGAAAUUGAUGAGAAUGGAGUGAAACCCACUAAGAAAACUUGGGGUUUCGAUGGGUUGAAGAAAUGGAAGAAAUGGAAUGAUGAGGAUGAAUCGACUGUUCCUUAUCUUCCUCCUGGAGAGAGAUCUGAUGAUGUUUCCUCAGCGCCUUGCAAGCUUGUCGUGCGACCAAUUGGCGAAGGUCCUGAUACCAAACUCAUCAAGAGAAAAAUACAUUCAAAUGGCUCUGCAACAGAUUUCUUUAUAGACAAGGUGUUGGGAGAGAACAUAAAUAAGGAAUUAUCUCGAAUUCAAGCUGAAUUAGCUGUGAAAAAUCCCAACCUCGCCUUCACAACUGAUCAAAUUGAAGCAAUCUCAACGAGGCUACCAGUCGAUAAAGCAGACCUCAAAAAGUUUUUUCCCAAAUCAUGGUGUGAUCGAUAUGGAGACAUGGUCUUAGAUGUUGUUCGCAAAGAGUUUAAAGAACACAUUGGAGAGAUGGAGGAACUGAGAAAUUCUGCUAGAGAAAGGCGGAGCAACUCAAUGGCAUGGAGGGAGAACAAUGAAAAUUUUUCCCCAAAUCUUGCUUUUGAAGGUCAUGGUUCCUUGAAGAAGAGGAACAAUGCUGGUUCAAUCAAUAGUACUACUGUUGGUGAUCGUCUCAAAGAGGAUUAUUAUAACUAUGAUAGCAACGCCAAUUGCUUUACUAAUAAUCCUUUUUAUCAUAGUGAAUAUGAUGCCAACAAUGAUUUCAGGCCUGAAUCUGCUUUCUUUCAUGGCUCGUUUCAGUCAUUUUCACCUGCAGCUCACAGGGCAUGAUGGGGUGUCCUUUGAUAUAUUUGUUUUUCUUUUGAUAAGGACGGACAAAAGGGGAUUGAUUUUUUUGCCCUUCUUGAUAUAUUAUUUUUUAUCCUAACAGAGGUUAAUUUCUCCAUAUUCAUAUCUCGAUCCGUAUCCUAAGGUGUUUUCACAACUAUUACGCUUUUAGAGCCAAUGGAGAAGAAGGCAAAAGAAGAUCUUCAAAACUCGAGAAAUAAGUUUUCUCCAAACUAUGGAGACUGAUACAGGCCCAGGAUAUAUUGCCUUUUUGGAGGAUAAGAUCUUCUUUUAGAUCAGCAACUAAUUUUAGGUUUUUAUUUCGACUUAUUUUAUUUUAAUUGUUCUUUCUUAUUUUGUUAUUUUGUGCGUAAAUAUUAACUGGAUUGAAAGUUUCUCUAUGGAUUGUUUUUUGAGAGAUAUAUGGAUUCACGACACCACGAACUUUUCAUUGGUUU